UGCUGCGUUGUUGUCUUUAGCAGACUCGUUUGAAUGCUAUCGAUGAUGGAUCAUUACAAGCAAGACCCGGCUUCGAAGGCCUUGGUCGCAAUCGCAAGAGGCCUCUCAGCUGUUUCGGACCACGAUUUCUCGAAUUACUGUCACAAUGAAGGCCCCAUUGACCCGCGACGAGGUCGCUAGACAUACUUCGGAGGAUGAUCUCUGGGUCAUUGUUGACCACAAGAUUUACGAUCUCAGCGACUUCGUGGAAGCCCACCCUGGAGGUUCGGUCGUCCUCACACAAGUAGCCGGACAAGAUGCGACUACGGCGUUCUACAACCUCCAUCGUCACGAAGUGCUUCAACAGUAUGCCUCAUUAUGCCUUGGCGCGGUAGACGGCGAGAAAUCUGAAGUGAUCGAUCCACAGCCUGGUGACCUAAGCAAGGUCCCUUACGCAGAGCCUCUAUGGCUCGCACCGCAGUUCAAGAGCCCAUACUACAGCGAGAGCCAUCGGAAGUUGCAGAAGGCUAUACGUGUGUUCGUCGAAGAGCAUAUCACGCCGGAAGCCAUGCAGAAAGAGAAGGAUGGGACUUUCAUCUCACAAGAGCUCAUCGAUAAGAUGGCAGAGACCAACAUUCUUGCAAUGCGACUUGGCCCUGGGAAGCACCUGCACGGCCGCAAGCUACUGGGUGUUAUGGAUGGCAAAGACUUCGACUACUUCCACGAUCUCGUGAUGGGUCAAGAGCUUACAAGACAUAACCAGCGAGGCUUCCAGGACGGGAAUAUGGCUGGCAUGACCAUCUCAUUAACAGCUGUGCAGCAGUGGUGCAACGACGAGGCCCUCAAGCAGCGCAUAACAGAAGAAGUACUAUCUGGCAAGAAGAAGAUGUCUUUGGCCGUCACAGAAGCGUUCGCAGGGUCGGAUGUUGCAGGCAUUCGGACGACUGCUGAGCUCAGUGAAGACGGUCAGCAUUGGUUGAUCAACGGCACGAAGAAAUGGAUCACCAAUGGCAUGUUCUCCGAUUACUUCGUUACCGGUUGCAAAACGAAGAAAGGGUUCUCUGUCAUUCUUGUCCCUCGUACGGAGGACGUCGAGACCAAACUUAUCAAGACGAGUUAUUCAACGGCCGCAGCGACUACCUACAUUGAAUUUAACAACGUCAAGGUGCCUCGCAACCAUCUACUGGGUGAAGAAGACAAGGGUUUCACCGUGAUCAUGAGCAACUUCAACCACGAACGUUGGAUGAUGGCAUGCGCCGUCAUUCGCUGGUCACGUACUGUCUUAGAAGAGUGCCUGAAAUGGUCACACCAACGCAUCGUCUUCGGCAAGCCGCUUAUCACCCAGCCCGUGAUUCGACAGAAAAUUGCACGGAUGAUCUCCCUCGUUGAGUCUAACCAGGCAUGGCUCGAACAAAUAACGCACCAGAUGAACCACAUGACCUACCACCAGCAGUCGACUCUGCUGUCGGGACCGAUUGCGUUGCUCAAGACCUUUGCCACACGAUCUGCGCACGAAAUAGCGGAUGAUGCGACAAACAUCUUCGGCGGGCGAGGGUUAACGCAGUCUGGCAUGGGUCGCGUGGUGGAAAUGUUUGCCAGAACCUACAAAUUCGACGCGAUCCUUGGUGGGGCGGAGGAAGUUCUGGCAGAUUUGGGUGUGCGGCAAGCGAUGAAGUACAUGCCGAAAGCUAUGCUUUAGGAUGCAUACAGUACAGUGUCCUCACAAGGCAUGUUGAUAGUGUUCGGGAGCCCCCGCCGCUAGUGCUGAAUGCGGCCAGCAGGCAUUAAAACGUGCUACGAGAACGUUGUUGAGGUGUAUGCAGUUUCAGUAUUGGUAGUUCUUUCGCAGUCGAUAAAUGUCGCUUUGCCUCAGAGUAAGACUGUUGGGUAAUUCAGCGAAGUCCCGGCGUAUCUAUGAUCG